ACCGCCCGCAGCUAAUGCGGGGUAUCACUCGGCGACGGAGUGUGCAUGCAUCGAACGCGUGCCAUGAAUCAGGAGACAGUAACAGGCAUUCUCGCUUCCUGUCGGAGCUGCCGGUAGGUGAAGAACAUGGCAUCUAUUAACGCCGAAACAACCCCUGGAAGCGUCCGUCCUCUCGAACCAAAGCGAAGAGGCUCAAAAGAGAAGGAUUCUGGGCGUUCGACCAAGCAUCGCGCUUCUCAAGCCUGCCACGCGUGUCGGCUGAGGAAGGUCAGAUGCGAUGUCCUCACAAACGGCCCGCGCUGCACCAAUUGUCGUCUGGAUAACACAGAAUGUGUCGUUCUACCGUCCAGGAGAGGCAAGAACAAUCGAAGCAGACAUGAACGCGUCGAGGGCAGAUCCCCAGUGCCACCGAAGCCUUUGCCCUUCAAUGUCCAUUCAAACUCGGGUAGCAUGCACGUUCAGAAUGCGCCGAGAAGGGAGGGACCAGCGACAUCACCGACCACCGGCGAAGUUCCAGUUUGUGUCACGUUUGAUGAGGAUGCGCAUGACGAGGAUCAUUCAAAAGGGCUUCAGACACCAGACCAGGUACCAAGUAUUAUAUCUCCCAACCCUAGCAUCGGAUCGAUUUCUCAAGACCCGCGACGGCCAUCUACGAUCGAAGGACUCCCAUCAUUCAUUUCCCCAUUGCCAGGUCAUCUCCUUCGCGAAGACUUGGAAUUCCUCGUACAAAAGGGUGCCUUUCUGAUACCUGAAGCCCACCUACAAUCGAAAAUACUUCAAAGCUACAUCUUCAGCAUUCACCCCUUCAUGCCUAUCCUGGAUCUCCGCGCAUUGUUUCGUGCCGUUUACGACGGGCAGCGCAACGACCACAUCAGCAUUUUGCUAUUUCAAGCCAUCAUGUUUGCAGGACUAGCCGCGGUUGAUCCUGAAGUCAUCAACAGCAUGGGUUUUCAGACACCUAAGGAAGCACGUGAGCACUUCUUCAAUCGUGUUAGACUGCUUUACGAGUUCGACGUCGAACCAAGCGAAUUGGCCGUUCUGCAGUCGUUGCUCUUGAUGAGUUGGUGGUAUGGCAGUCCGAAACAAAGGCGACACACAUGGCAUUGGACAGGCUUGGCUUUCUCAGUUGCGCUCAACAUGGGACUCCAUCGUGAGCCGACCGGAAGUCGUCAAACAGACGAAGAGAGACACUUUCGAAGAAGGCUUUGGUGGAGCUUAUACAUCCGUGAUCGGCUACUUGCGCUAGGUACCCGAAGACCAAUGCGUAUACGAGAUGAUAGUUUCAACGUGUCGAUGCUCACUAUAGAGGAUUUCGAAAUUGAUGCUUCGACACAGCUGGCGCUACCUGAUGUUGAAGAUAUCGCCCGCACUUCGCUGAUAUGCGUCGAGCUUGCGAAGCUAUGCGUUUGUAUCGGACACGUUCUCUCCUCUCAGUAUACGGAUCUGGAAACACAAGCCGACGUUCCACCCACCAUGAUGGUCGUCCCCAAACGACCCGAGAGUAGUGCGGUUGGGCUGAACUCCUGCGAUGAAGAGAUUGCGAAUUGGUACCAAAAUCUCUUGGCAGCUUUCAAUAGGUUCGAUUCGCCACCAAGGAUACAAAAUGGCAUGCACAGCUGUUAUGAGGUACAUUGGGCUGUACUAAAUAUGCUCUAUCUCACUCUCGUUAACGUCCUGCAUCGAACGCAGGCACUACAGCAUUCGCCGGAUGACGCUUCUGCGCAAGCCACGCAAAGAUCAUCUCGUGCUAAAGUCAAGGACGCCGCAAGAAGUGCCACUAAGAUUGCCCAUACCAUGCUACGUCGUAAUCAAGUACGCUACAUGGGCGUACCCGGCGUGACCGCGCUCAUCGCCGCCUGCCUGUCCCAUAUCCUCGAUAUUCGUUCCGACAACGAGGACGUGCGCGACGCCAGCGUUUUCCGCUUCUACCAGACGAUGCAAGUGUUGCAGUCGCUCAGGUCCAUCUAUGCCUCUGCCGACUCCGCCGUCUCUUUCCUCGCUUCUGUGAUACGGAAAGCCGGCAUUUCUGUUCCCGAGCAGAUAUCUUCCGUCCAUGUAGACGCCAUGUCAACUUGCUCAGACCGCGCAGCCACUACAAGGAACUAUGCAUCCGAUUACGAAGGCCCGUCUGCUUACGAAGGACGCCGAAGAACAAUCGCGCCUCUCGAGUCUGGCGUACCGGCCACUGAACAGGCCAGGCAGCCUUUGACCCAGCAGUCGCCCGCCAUUUACUUUCCGCAGCCGCAACCGCGUAUGCCCUUCGAUCAACAGGCCCCGCCGCUGCUGUCGGAGAUGUCGACUUGGGGUUUCAACAUGGCUGAUCUGGGCACCGCGCCACUUGGCCAGUUCGCCGAUCCCUCAACAGGAGAAUCCUUUUUCGAGUGGACUAACAAUCUGAGUUUGGAUGUGGGGAUGGAUAUGUCGGGGGGUAUCGGCUCCGAUGUCGAUUACUAUAGGGGAACGUAUGACUUGUUUGCCUAGUACUCGGAGUAGGGGAAAAACUCAGGUAUACCCUGAAGGUAGCUUGGGUUUCAAGUUGGAUGAGAUGUGUCAUAGAGCCGAAGAAUGAUUAGGUAGCACUUGCCAAAUAGUAAAACGGAAAAAAGCUAGAAGUC